AUGGCAGCUGCUAUUUCGGAACCUGGGUCCCCUCGCAGUGAUCACAUCUCAGACCCACCUCUUUUUACUGACCCUAGCCAAAAUCCAUCAAGUCCUUUCUACAUACACCCUAGUGAGAACCCGUCAUCUGUCUUAGUCUCUCUUGUCCUCUCCGGUAGUAACUACCACUCUUGGUCUCGUUCCUUUCGCAUGGCUCUCACUUCCAAAAACAAAAUGGGGUUCCUUAUUGGCUCUAUUCCUAUUCCAAGUCCUAAUGAUCCUUCCUAUCCUCCAUGGGAGCGUUGCAACACGUUGUUCAUGUCAUGGCUCAUAAAUUUUGUCUCUCCUUCGAUUGCACAAAGCAUAAUUUAUCUGGACCGUGUUGUUGAUGUAUGGAAUGAUUUACCAGAACGUUUUUCUCAAAGUGAUCUUUUGCGUAUUACAGAGCUCCAGGAGGAAAUUUAUGCCUUGAAGCAAGGCUCACUCACUAUCACAGAUUUCUUUACUACUUUAAAGGCAUCUUGGGAGGAACUUGAUAAUUUUCGUCCUUUUCCACCGUGUGAUUGUCAAGCCCGUGUUUACCAUCAACAAAAUUUUAUUAUCCGAUUUCUCAAAGGUCUUGAUGAUAGAUUCAAUGUUGUUCGUUCCCAGAUUUUACUAAUGGAUCCUUUACCCUAUGUUAACAGAGUCUUUUCCAUGGUCAUUCAAAAUAAACGACAACAUGAUACUGUUGUUUCUCCUCUAGAUGCGCCAAAUGACUUUGCUAAUAAUGUCAUUUCCUCUUCAGCAAAUGCCACUAAUGCACGUUCUUUUCAUGGUAAAACUCGCGGUGGUGGACCAAGCGACGGAGGUGGUGGUGGCCAAACUCAACAAGAUAGAUCUUCAAAAAUCUGUGUUUACUGCAAGAGAACAGGGCACACUGUUGAUGUUUGCUAUAGCAAACAUGGUUACCCUCCUGGCCAUCCACGAUAUCUAGGUCAUCCACGUUUCUACAACCCCAACAGUGGUUCUUCUUCUGGCGUUUCUUCCUCUACUAACUACACAUCCACUGAUGACCAACUUUCUCUACUACAAAACCCUAUUGAGCAACAACAUGGAUCAGGUCUUAACUUCACCCAGACCUAA